UCUAUUAAUUCGAACUAAAACGAGAAUAAGGAAGAAACACAUAUAUUAUCCAAAAUGAGAUACCACCCCCCCGUCGUCGAAGAAGAAACAUCUGACACGGAAAACAUGGAGCCUCCCAAGCGGAAGCGCCCCGAGAAACCGGACGGACAGACCCCCGCAAGCCUGGAGCCUGAUUUUGAGGAGAGUGGACAGGCGGGGCAAGAACAGCGCGAGCCGCCUGCGAAGGUAUCUAAAGGUUCUGCGGCGGGUGGCUCAGAGGGGGCCGCCGGGGAGAAGAAGACAGAGGAGGAGAAAAAACCGUCUAACUGGCCGCAUAAGGUCCCUGUUGACGUGGAAGAGGAUCUUGGGGAUGAGGAGGAUGAGGUUGAUGAGGGAGGUGGAGGUGAAGCUGAAGCUUACGGGGAUCCUGGAGAGGACUACGAGGUUGGGGAUGUAGAAGGAGAAGAAGAAGAAGAGGAAAAGGAAGAGGAGGGCGAGAACGCGGACGAAGUGGAACUCCUCGACGAAGAACAACCCGGCAACAAUGACGUCGACGACAAAGAUCUCGAGAACCAACUGGAGCGCGAACUCGGCAGAGACACCGAAGACGACAUGCGCGACGAUACCAACGAGGACACGCCCCUCGGCGACGAGCAAGACCAGCCCGACGAGGCGUCUACCAACGGACCCAAGGUGCAGCGAACGGUCGAGCAGUUUGGUCGGACGCCCCUGCACGGCACUUCUCUGGCCGAGAAGCCUUUGACCGCGACGCCGGAUACGCUCCUGGCGAUGCUGCUGGAUGCGAUGCUCAAGUCGCGGCCCAUCUCGCACGAUCUUUCGCAGCGAGCUGUCAAAAAGGUGCUCGAUGAGGGAUAUCACGAUAUCCAGACGCUGGGGGAUAGUAGCUGGGAGGACCGCACGGGCGUGUUGCGCGACGGCGGGUAUAAUCGGUAUCGGGAACAGGGGGCUACUAAUUUGGGGGAGGCGGCGCAAUUUAUCAGGGAGAAAUAUGAUGGCGAUCUGAAUAACCUCCUCGAGUCCGCGCAUCAUGACCGGGGUGAAGUGCGGGACCGCGUCAAGGAGUUGAAAGGACUCGGCGAUAUGGGCGUGGACCUCUUCUUCAACAACGUGCAGAGCGUCUGGCCAGAGAUUGCUCCGUUCCUCGAUCAACGGAGUCUGCAGACAGCCGAACAGGUGGGCAUUGGCAGGGAUCUGAACAGCAUCUUUGAAGAACUGGAGGGAGACGCUAUGCAGAUGAGCCGGUUGGCGAAUGGGCUGUCGACCAUUCGGUUGGAGAAGAGACAGGAUGCGCUGAUGGGAUUGUAAUGAUCUGGAGAAGUGAUCUGUAUUCAAGUAGUCAUGUCUAUAACCAUAUCCUGGAUAUUUGAUCAGUUGGAAGUGAUAUCAAAUCCAACCUACUCCUUGACUAUCAUAUGGAGUAAUGGUCAGCCCUAUCGAUAACGUAUUAAGGAGUAAAA